AUGGUAAAAUGAUUGAAUAUCUGUUAUUCAUCAUUAUCAACGUCAUCACACUGAUCACAUGCUCAUAUUGUCCCAUAAAGCAUAUUCAUUCGUCUACACCCACUACAGGAUUCAUUGAAUCUCCGGGAUAUCCAUCGGCAUUCUCUGCACCUCUUGACUGUAUAUUCAACAUAACAACAGCUGCAUCGAAUGUGAUCCAAUUAUCAUUUGUCUCAUUUGAUCUAGCAUCAAAAAAUCAAUUAAGUGAUCAAUGCCUGGAUAGUUAUCUUCUGGUUGUUGUAGUUGAUAGACAUGGUAGACAACAUGUUGGUGAGAGGUUAUGUGGGAAUCAGGUUCCACUGUCUAUUAAUACUAUGCAAUCAUGGAUGCAAGUUCAAUUCGUCACUACUUCAACUAAUCAGAAGCAUCGAGGGUUUAGGAUUCAGUACAGGAUUCUUUCGGAGGCAGCAAUCCAGGAGCCAUCUUCAACCCUCGGAGAAUCAAUGUUCAGUGGUUGUGGUGGACAUUCCACUCCUGGACAACUUUCUGGUGAAAUACUGUCACCAGGCUAUCCAACCACAUAUCCGAAGAAUUCCACGUGUAAUUGGUUGAUCCGUGUAGAAGCCCGACAACGAAUCUACAUUCGAAUAGUUCAUUUACACUUGGCCCCCACUAUUGCAGAAUGUGAACGAGCAUCACUAACAAUAAUCGAUGGAUAUAAACAUGAAAAAUAUGGAAUUGAUCGAAAGGAAUCCACGUCAGAGACGUCUGAAGCAAAAUUCUGUGGAAGUCAGCUGUAUUAUGCAGAAGAGGGAAUGAAAAGCUAUUUAUCAAGUGCAAAUCGAAUUGUUGUACGAUUUAUUACACAGGAAGGACCACCGUCUUCAAUGAUUGGGGAAGAGAGGAUUGGAUUUAAAGUUGUAUGGACUGCAGUGGAGGGUCUGAUUGGAGAAGGUGAUGAGAGUGUUAAUGGAAAUUCUUGUAAGGAUCAAUUUAUGUGCCAUGGGGGACAAGUUUGUGUUGAACAGGGUCAUGGAAUUUGCGCUUCACGGUCCCGUCUCUGCAUUCACAGCUCUCUCGUUUGUGACGGAAUCCAUAAUUGUGUUGAAGGAGAUUUCUCCGACGAGCAACACUGUUACUCCCGAGAGAUAAUAACAUCGGCGGCACUCGGAUUCUCGUUGAUUGUGCUCACGAUGCUCGUCUUGGUGUGCUGUGAUCAGUUCAGGAAGCGGCGACGGCUUCGGGUGAUGAUUCGGGAACGAAGAGCCGCGUCGGAGAAUGGGAAAUGUAAAAAUAUGAAUAAUAAUUCGAUUACAACACGGAUACAGCCGAACCGGUGACUAUUAGAGAGCGAAUUGUGAAUGUUUUCGCGAUUCGCUCGACAAAUUUAUCGAAUUUUUCACAAUUUUAUAAUUUAAAAUUGCUUUUCAGUUAAUGUAACGGAGCUUUUUUCUUUUAUUUUUAAUUUGAAACUUUAAUAAACAUUAUUCAAACA